CUCCUAACCGGUGUCGCGUGGUGUAAAAUAAGAAGAUAUGGUAUUCAUUUCGGUAUCUGGGGUGGGAUGAGACAAGUACGUUUCGUUCAUCACGCAGCACUUUCUUCACCCUUUGCAUAAAUGAUUUUUCGAGAAAUAUGAGGAUGAGAAGAAGAAAGUAAGGAACGUGAUUCUGAUUUUAAUCCUGAGACGGCUGAGACGACGAGAGAGAAGUUUGAGAGCAUUGAGUAAAAGUCGCAACCGCUUUUGAGAAAGCAUUUGUGUAGAGAAAGAAACUCAUAUUUCGGAGAAAGUUUGGAAUUUUUGGAUACAUUGACUAAAUACUUAUUACAUGAAUUCGACCUCAUUAAUAACACAAGACACAAUAGGAAUCUCGAGCAUUAGAACUUUCUGUGUCUCACAAUAAUUAUUAUCAGUCUCUUUGCUUGGAAAUUCCAAGUUGGAAUAGUCAGAAUAUAAUAGUCCGGCAAUCUAGUAAAAUGAUAUUUAAUGAAACUAUACUUUUCAUUGUCUCCAUGAUCCUUACCGGCGUUCUUCUUUUCUUAUUUGUCUACUAUAUUAUUACCCUGUCUGAUCUGGAGUGCGACUAUAUUAAUGCUCAACAAUGCUGUCACCGACUGAAUAUGUGGAACAUCCCAGCCGUAGUUGGACAAGGAAUUGUGACCGUGUGCUUUCUCCUGCAUGGAUGGUUCCUUCUCUUCACUUUAAACCUUCCUAUGGCUUCCUGGUCAAGUUAUCAGGUGCUCAAAAUUCCAUCAGGAAAUCUUGGAUUGUACGAUCCGAUGGAAAUACAUAACAGAGGUCAACUUAAGAACCACAUGAGGGACGUUUUGAUCAAAAUGGCAUUUCACCUUGUUGCUUUUUUUGUUUAUUUAUACUGUAUGAUCGUGUCCAUGUUGAAGACUGACCCAAUCCCUGGAUCUCAACCGUCUGGAGAGUUUGACGAGUUUUAAGUCCUAUUGGAUUAUAUUUAUUUGUUGUGUCAAGUACAUAGCACGGCGUACUCAAUUUCUCUAGUCUUUUCCUAGUCUCAAGACGUAGCGUACGAAUUUUUUCUAGCAUAAAAGUCAUUACAUAGAAAUAUUUUUAAGUUUGAUGGAUUAUCAUGUUAUUUAAAAAUGCACGGAUGACAAAGAGGAUCCAGCAUAACAUUGUGAAAUCACAGAUGCCAUGCAAUGCAUUAACAGUAUUUAUAAAUCUCAAUGUGUACCAUGUAGUUUAACGUCAUAUAAUUGUUACACACAGACUUUUAGUCGUCUCGAUUAUUUAUACAUAAGUGAUCUCACUGAUUUUUGUACAAGUUUCUACGAAUAGUAAAUGACGUAUGUAAGUUAAGUAGAUAGAAGAUUAAAUAUUUAUCAUUUCAAUGA